AUGUCCCGGUGGAAGCAGUUUUUCGGGGUAUCAGAGGGCUCUGGUUCAUCUGAUGAAAAUCCAGGCUAUCGCUCAAAGAGAACUUUGGGCAUUUUGAGUGAUAAACAUACAGAUGAAGUGCCUGGAACGGUACUUCUACUCGCAUCGGAUCGCAAUGAGCCGCUGGGAAUGAGACACCAGCCACCAAGAGUGUCUGCUUCAUCACUACCAACAUCAUAUCCUCCUUCUCGCUCUUCUUCUCGUACUCCAGUUCCAUCGAAGAAACGAACUGCCGACGGUCAAAUCGUGCUUGACCCUCAGCCCGAUGAUUCCAUCAAUGACCCCCUAAACUGGCCGGUCUGGCGCCGAGAUGCAGCCUUGAUCUCCUUGGGCUUCUAUUGUCUGAUGGGAGGUGGAAUGACUACAAUUCUAGCUGCGGGUUUUAAUCAGGUUGCCGCAACUUAUGAGGUGACGACCCAGAAGGUCGCUUUUACCACUGGGUUGUACAUGAUGGGCCUAGGUGUUGGCUCUGUGAUCAUGUCCCCCACUGCUAUCUUGUUCGGCAAACGACCGGUAUAUCUUUUGGGGGCGGUACUGUUUAUUAUCUCUGCGGUUUGGUGUGCUGCUUCUCCAAACUACCCGAGUUUGGUGGUGGCCCGUGUUUUCCAAGGUAUCGCAGUCAGUCCGGUUGAAUGCCUUCCUUCUGCCACCAUCGCAGAAAUCUAUUUCCUGCACGAACGAGCGUAUCGAGUCGGCAUUUACACUCUCCUUUUGUUGGGAGGCAAGAAUCUCAUCCCGUUGGUGAGUGCCGCCAUCAUUGGGGCCAAGGGAUGGCGCUGGGUCUUCUGGGUAGUUGCCAUUAUUGUGGGGGGCUGCCUGGGUUUGCUCUUUUUCUUUGUCCCCGAAACAUUCUGGGAUCGUACCCCUCGCCCCCGCCAACACUCGCAUAAGCGCCCGACGAAUCUGUAUCGGAGUGUGUCGGACAUGGUUUCUCACGGGUUCCGAGGUCGUCACCCUUACGUCCAGCAUCGGGAUGACAAGGACGAAAAUGACGACAAGCAACAAAUCCCGGAUAUAGAGGAGUCUGAUAAUGCUGUGUCCAAGAGGAACAAAAACACCCAUGUAGGGUUUGUUGAUGGCCAGGACGACAAUGACCACGAGAACAGUGACGAAAAGAGAGAAGGCGAAGAUGAGGUUGCACCAUUGCCGAGCUCAGCUCCAAGAAACCAUGUUGAGAUGGAAUUUCCGACGCCGGAUCUGGAGAAAUCAGACACAUUCCUUCAAGUGCCUGCUCCGGCUGCUACACACCAGCCUGCAGGCCAUGAUACCCCGACUGAUCUCGAAGCUGGCCGACAGGGGACACGGUCUCCGGCCCGCAGUGAAUCAGUAGAUCCAUCGGUGCCGGUGCCUGGAUCAAUGCAAUACACGAACCGACUGCGGGAGCGGGGUCCUAUUUCAUUUAUGCAAUAUCUAACUCCUUGGAAUGGACGGAUUGCACACGACAGCUGGCUGCGCGUGGCAAUCCGGCCGUUUAUUCUGUUUGCCUACCCGGCGGUGCUUUGGUCUGCGACGGUGUACGCACUAUCGGUUGGUUGGCUGAUUGUGCUCUCGGAGUCGGUGGCAUAUAUCUUUGAGUCACACUCACGCUACAACUUCACGGCCCUGCAGACGGGGUUAAUUUAUCUCUCGCCAUUCAUCGGGGGACUGCUGGGUACGGCGGUGGCAGGCAAGGUGUCUGACAUUAUCGUGCGGUUCAUGACUCGACGAAACGGGGGCGUGUAUGAGCCAGAGUUUCGACUAGUGAUGGCGAUCCCCAUCGCGCUGUCAACUACCGUGGGGUUGAUGGCGUUUGGAUGGAGUUCACAGGAGCGAGAUGCAUGGAUUGUGCCCACGGUUUUCUUCGGAAUGGUGUCGUUUGGAUGCUGUCUGGGCAGUACGACGGCCAUUACGUUUUGUGUGGACAGCUACCGACAGUAUGCGGGCGAGGCGUUGGUGACGUUGAAUUUUAGCAAGAAUAUUUUCCACGGACUGGUGUUUUCACUGUUUAUCGUGGACUGGUUGGACUCGGAUGGAUCUCGGACGGUGUAUCUGGCACUUGGAGGGAUCCAGCUGGCAUGUCUGCUUUUUACGAUUCCGAUGUAUAUCUAUGGGAAACGAGCACGCAUGUGGACUGUUCGAAAGCGACUGAUGGAGAAGUUUUGA